AUGACCGCCUUGCUGACGCUACCCCACGCCUAUCACACCCAUAUUCUUCAAGGUAAAGACAUAGAGAUCGAUCGGUCUUUCUUCCUGAGAAUGAAAUGCGUAUUAGCUAAAAGAAACGCUGGAUUGACAACCGGCGGCUACAAAGUCAUUCACUGCAGCGGUUAUCUCAAAAUCAAACAGUUCACAAUGGACAUUUCCCCGUAUGAUGGGUGUUAUCAAAACGUCGGAUUAGUGGCUGUGGGUCACUCGUUACCUCCAAGCGCCGUCACUGAGAUUAAAAUGUUUAACAAUAUGUUCAUGUUUCGGGCCAGUCUCGAUUUGAAACUAAUUUUUUUAGAUGCUAGGGUUGCUCAAUUAACUGGCUACGAACCUCAAGAUUUGAUAGAGAAAACCCUGUAUCAUUAUAUACACGCCUGUGAUAUCCUCCAUAUGAGAUACUCUCACCAUACUCGUGAGUAUACACCGAUUUCUUAUAAUCUAUCAAUCGCAUAUUAUAUUGAUUUUUAUCAAUGA